CUCUCUUUUUGACUGCGAUACUCUGUUUCCCUGGUGAUACGAGGCGGUCACUUGUCCUCCUAGGUCUGUUCUCAGUCUGCGGGUUAGACCCCCACCGCGUGUCUGUGUGUUUGAGCAGACUUCACUUAGGUCCUCAGAAGCAACUGCACAACACCUUGCAUUCUGAUCCAGAAUGCAACUCACGACAGAGGAGAAAAUAGAGCUCGGGCUCAAGGACCAGGGGUCAGUCAAUCCUGCAUUUACGGGCAAAGACAGUGAUGAACAGCCACAGCUGACAGUGGACGUUGAGGAGCCACACACGGAGGCCCUGGAGGAGACUGUGGACAAAGGUGACGAUUUGGUUUACUCCCUCAAUGACAGGCCACCAUGGUACCUCUGCAUUCUGCUUGGCUUCCAGCAUUACAUCCUCGCUUUCGGCGGCAUCAUUGCAAUCCCACUCAUCCUGGCUGAGCCUCUGUGCAUUAAGGACAACAACGUCGCCAAAAGCCAGCUCAUCUCCACCAUAUUCUUUGUGUCGGGGCUAUGUACACUGCUGCAGACGGCUGUCGGCACCAGGUUACCGAUCCUUCAGGGUGGGACCUUCAGUUUCAUCACUCCGACCCUGGCCAUUCUCGCUCUGCCGAAGUGGCAGUGUCCAUCCAAAGACUCCCCAGUUAUGCUGUCCAUCGACACGCAGAAUGGCACCAGGCCGCAGCUCAUAGAAGAUUCUGAUGAGGUCUGGAUGUCACGAAUGCGUGAGAUCCAGGGAGCCAUCCUGGUGUCGUCUCUGCUGCAGAUGUUCCUGGGCUUCUCCGGGCUGGUGGGCCUGGUGCUCAAAUAUAUAGGCCCUCUGGCUAUCGCUCCCACCAUCAACCUAAUUGGCCUGUCGCUGUUCAUUGAGGCUGGAAAGAAGUCUGGAGGUCACUGGGGAAUAGCUGCUCUCACCGUCGGCCUGAUCCUCCUUUUCUCCCAAUAUCUCAGCAAAGUCGAUGUCCCAAUGAUCGCUUACAAGGAUAAGAAGUGGAAGGUUUUCCAGUAUCCGCUCUUCAAGCUCUUUUCUGCUUUGUUUGGGAUGUGUGGCGGCUGGCUGGUCUGCUUCUUACUGACCAUCUUUGACGUCCUGCCUUCAAAGUCUAAUGAGUAUGGCUAUUCAGCCAGGACCGACAUCAGCCUGGACGCUGUAGCAAACUCCCCAUGGUUCCAUGUACCUUACCCUGGUCAAUGGGGUAUGCCAACAGUAAGUGUGUCUUCAGUGUUGGGUAUGAUGGCCGGCGUCUUGGCAUCUACCAUGGAAUCAAUCGGUGACUACUACGCUUGCGCUCGCUUGUCCGGUGCCCCUCCACCACCUACUCACGCCAUUAACCGAGGUAUUGCUGUAGAGGGCAUCGGCUGCAUCAUGGCUGCACUGUGGGGAACUGGAAACGGCACCACCUCCUAUAGCCAGAACAUCGCUGCUCUAGGCAUAACCAAGGUUGGAAGCAGACUGGUCCUCCAGACGACUGGUAUUCUCAUGAUCAUCCUGGGAAUCUUUGGGAAGUUUGGAGCAGUGUUUAUCACCAUCCCAGACCCGGUCAUUGGAGGCAUGUUCCUCGUAAUGUUUGGAAUGAUUGCAGCUGUGGGGAUAUCCAACCUUCAAUAUGUGGACCUGAAUUCAUCCCGUAACCUCCUCAUCCUCGGCUUCUCUACCUUCAGUGGACUUGUGUUACCCACCUGGUUUCACUCCAAUCCUGGCAUCAUUGACACAGGAAUAAAAGAACUGGACCAAGUGAUUGUUGUGCUCUUCACUACCCACAUGUUCAUCGGAGGAUUCUUUGGGUUCAUCUUGGAUAACACCAUUCCAGGUACUGAGAAAGAGCGGGGCAUCAAGAGCUGGCAGGAGAAGGUGCACGAGGAGGGCAAAAAAAUGUGUGACCAAUCUUGCUAUGAUAUCCCUUUCUGCAACGGCAUUUUAAAACGGUUUCGAUGUUUUCAGUACCUGCCCUUCCUCCCUUCUUACAAGACCAACCAAUAGAGGACAUCCAAGUAAUGAAGUGCUACCUUACAGGGUCGCAUUGAUGCUGGCCUUUUGGGCCGGUAAAGCCAAACAGUAGUUUACCUUAGGAUUGAGAGACAGAACCAGUGGAACUGGGGAAUUGCAUUGAAAACAGGCUUCUAACCUCACAUAAACAUUGUUGGCACAUAGGUUGUUUAAUUGCUUUACAUUAUUCAUGGUGAUAUUAAAUUGUCAGAGUGGAGUUAUAAAUGUACUGACCACUGAGCCACUGUGACCUUUGUCUGCUCCAGUUUCCUCCCACACUUUAAAACAGGUUUGUGGAUUGGAUAAAACAAAGUGUAUAUCCUAAAACUUUGUUUAAAACCAUUAAAAUAAAAUAAGUGGUUACUGUUUGCCUUUAAGUCUUUAUGCAGCUGUGCACCAAGCUGAAACCGUUCAUACUGUGCUGAUGCCUGACCCUCUUUACUACGUGAGGGAAUACAAAAAUCCACUUUUCUGUUAAACAAAUACCAUCUAAUCCAAACCUCAUAUCAUCUUUAGCACUUCAAGCAUUUUGUCCUUGUAUAAAGUCAGACACUGAUUCAACUAAAUUUAUAGGAAAUAGUUGAGUUGCUGUGUCUACUAACAGUUGGAAUUUCCAUAAAAAAUUAACCCGCUCAAAAUUUAUAGUUAGUUAGAGUUAAAUAUUUGUAUAGUGCCUGACCAAGCAAAGAACAGCUUGAUACAGUGAGGAGGAAUAAUCAGAUAUAAUAAAUUAAGGAGAUUCUCCUCCUUACAUUUGUAAAAGGCUGCAACAAUAUAUAACAUUUAUAUAUUAUAUAAUAACAUUUAUAUAAUUUUUACAUUUAUAUAAUAACCCAAAGUAAACUUAUGAACCUGAAUAUUAGCAUAUGUUGCCUUUAAAGCCUCGCACAAAGCCUGACUGAAUACUUAUUUGUGUCCCGAAGCUCUAAAGCCACUGUUCAGGUGUUACGAACUCAUACAUUUUCAGUAGGAUGAUUACUACCUCAACAACAACAGUGGUUUAGAGAAACAUAUAAUUAAUGAAAGGUUUUUUCAUUUGAAUAAAAUGGUAUUCUGUAGUGUCUUUGAAAAGAGCUGUUUUCAUCAACAUUCCUGCUUUAUACGUUACAUUUUGUCCUUUGUCACUGUAAAAGAAGUACAUUUGUGAUUUUUAAAUAUGAUGAUUUUACAUUUAAGAAUUUGUGUUAUUUUUAGUUUUUUGUACUAUAACUUUGAAUCGAUUCUAAACUGUGACAAUAAAGGUUUGUUGUUAAAUAAAUUCUGGACCUAAUAAAGACUAACAUCAUUAAUUCCUA